AUGAGGUGUAAUAUACGUCGUGCAUUCACUUUUGCGGUUAUUCUGUUUGGAACCACUUUAGUUAUCCUCUCUCUUCCUCGUAAUAAUGUUAUUGAUGAUGGACCUGAAGUAUUCACAAAGCGUGCCCCUACAAAAGAUUUUUCAAAUUCCUUUUCGAGUAUUAAAGAGAAUAAAGCGCAUGUAGUUGGACAACAGCAGCUUCCAAUUCAGCCGGAGCCACCCAGUUUGCAAGAGGCUGAAAACGAAGAUGAUCUAUUCGAUUUUCCUAGCCUAUCAAACAAAAUAGUAUUGAAUAAGCUGUAUCCCAUAUUGAAAGGGGUUGACUUGAAACAACUAGCUCGAACGGAAUGUGAAUCAAAUACAACAUUAGGCGCUUAUUGGAAAAGCAAACACAUGGAUGUGCAAACAGAAGAUUCAUGGGAGCAUUUCUACUCUGAUAUUGGAAGUUGUAGUGUUUACAAUGAUGAAGAACUAAUCGAUAACUUACUGUAUGACUUAAACAAGAUGCCGCUAAAGUCUGUUCACAUCAUGGAUGGAGGAACUCAAGUCAAACUCAUAUUCACUUUUAUGAACGAUAAGCAGGCUGUUUUCAAGCCAAUGAGAUUUGGAAGAGAUUAUGAAUCGGACCCGAAUCAUUUCUAUUUUAGUGACUUUGAGAGACAUAAUGCUGAAAUAGCAACAUAUCAUUUGGAUAAAGUUCUCGGUUUUCGACGAGCAGUUCCAACUGUUGGAAGAAUAGUCAACAUAACCUCUGAUUUGUUUGAAAAGGCAGAGAAGAAGCUAAAAAAAACAUUUUUCUGGUCACCAGUCAAAAACCAUUGUUUCGUUUCUCGUUGUGAUUACUAUUGUGAUACAACACACGCAAUAUGCGGUGCGCCAGACUUGAAAGAAGGUUCCGUUCAAGUAUUUCUACCAGAUGAAACUCAUGUUCCUCGACGACACAAUAAGAGUCCAUAUAGAAGAACAUAUUCAAAGAAGAAUCAACUGGCUGAUUGGCAGACAGAUAUGAACUAUUGUACAGAUAAAGUCAAAACGAAACGUCAAUAUGCCCACGGGCGUCGACUUCUCGAUUUAGUUGAUUUACAUAUUUUAGAUUAUUUGAUUGGUAAUCAAGAUAGACAUCAUUAUGAAUCCUUCAACGUGUUUGAAGAUAUUCCUUCAUAUGCUAUUCAUUUGGAUAAUGGAAGAGCGUUUGGUCGCACAAAUUUUGAUGAUGAUGACAUCAUGCUGCCAUUGAGACAGUGUUGUGUCAUUCGUCCAUCUACAUUAAAUACUUUGAUAGAUUUCUAUAAAACACCCAAAUCACUUGUUAGAGCUUUGCACCGAUCUUUGGGAAAAGAUCCCGUCGCACCGAUACUUCAUAAAAAGCAUUAUCCAGCUAUUGAACGGCGUUUACAUAAAGUGAUGUCAUACAUAGUGGAAUGUUUACAGCACAACCCCUUCACUUCUGUUGUCAUUCCUGAAUACGAUAAUCCAAACUAUAUGGAAACGGAAGAAGACGAAAAUAGUUUACAGCAGCAAGUACCGGACGCUGACAAGAAGAGUCCAAAAGAUGCUAAUACAAAAUAA